GUCCAAUCAGGAGCACGGAUGGUCGCAGCGUGCGUCCCGGAAGAAUUCUUAUGGUUUGUCAGGAUCUGCUUGGGGACGACUUUGUGUUCGGCUGACUCCGGUGCUCUUUGGGAGGACACCGAGACAGGUCAAAAGCACGAAAUGGAGCCAGUGACCUUUGACGAUGUGGCCGUGGACUUCACUGUAGGAGAGUGGGCUUUGUUGGAUCCUACUCAAAAGAAGCUCUACAGUACUGUGAUGGAGGAAACAUUUUUGAACCUGAUCUCCAUAGAGGAAGCACUAGGAGAAAAUAUUGAAGAGGACUACAAAGAACUCAGCAGAAAUAUGGGAGCUCAGGUGAUUGAGAAAGCCUGUGAAUACAAAUGUGCUAGUAGGUGUGAUACAAAUCAGGAACCUAUUACAGAGAAUAGCAUCAAUAAAGGCAUGCCUCCUGCAAUAAGAGUUCAUGAAAGCCCAUUGCAUAUAAGAAACACCAUUAGUCAUUCAUCCUUACAUGAGUAUCUCAGAGAACAAUCUAGAGGGAUACGCUCUGUUUAUAAGGAAGCUAUGGCAAAAGCUUUUACACAUCAGAAACAUUGGAAAGAUAUCCACCAUUCUGAAUCAGUUCUAGUAUUGGAAACUUCUCCCAAGAAGAAAACCUUUAAAAGUAGACAAUGUAAUGAAGCCUAUGGGAGUCUCCCCUUUGAGCAGCCUCAGGAGAGAACUCACACUGGAGAAAAAGUCGAUAAGAAUACAUUAAUGAGAUUCACAUAUGGCCAGAAUGAUGGACUCCAUAAAGAAGUUAAACAAUUUGUGUGUAAGCUCUAUGAAGAAUCUGUCAUUGAUUCCACUGGCAUUAUAAACCACGAAAAGAGUCAGAUUGGAGAGAAAAGGUACGUUUGUAGGCAAUGUGGCAAAACAUUUAAUUAUGCAAAAUGUUUAGAAAACCAUGAAGCAACUCACAAAGGAGAGAAGCCUUAUGCUUGUAAACAUUUUAGAAAAGCCUUCACACAAUACAGUUAUCAUAAUAGUAAUGAAAGCAGUCACAUGGGACAGAAUCCUUAUGCAUGUAAAUAUUGUGGAAAAGGCUUCACCAGUUCUGCUUAUCGAAACACUCAUGAAAGAACUCACAUUGGAGAAAAGCCUUAUGCAUGUAAGUACUGUGGAAAAGCCUUCACCAGUUCUGCUUACUGUAAUAUUCAUGAAAGAACUCACACUGGAGAAAAGCCUUAUGCAUGCAAGUAUUGUGGGAAAGCCUUCACCAGUUCUGCUUACUGUAAUAUUCAUGAAAGAACUCACACUGGAGAAAAGCCUUAUGCCUGUACACAUUGUGGAAAAGCCUUUGGUGACUUAAGUCGUCGUAACAGACAUGAACGGAGUCACACUGGAGAGAAUCCUUAUGCAUGUAGGUAUUGUGGGAAAGCCUUCAGUGACUCUAGUCGUCGUAACAGACAUGAAAGGAUUCACACUGGAGAGAAGCCUUAUACAUGUAAGCAUUGUGGGAAAACCUUCACCAAUUUCAGUUCGUGUAAAGCUCAUGAAAGAGUUCACACUGGAGAGAAGCCUUAUGCAUGCAAGAUUUGUGGAAAAGCAUUUACCCGCUCCAAUCAACUGAGUAUUCAUGAAAGAGUUCAUAGUGGACAGAAGCCUUAUGCAUGUAAACAUUGUGGGAAAACCUUCAAAACUUCUACUUGUCGAAACUUACAUGAAAAAAUUCACACUGGAGAGAAAUCCUUUGUCUGUAAAACAUGUGGGAAACUGUUCAUUCAGUCUAGUGAUCUUAACAAACAUGAAAGAGUUCACUCCAAAGACAAGCCUUAUGCAUGUAAACACUGUGGAAAAUUCUUCAGUGACUCAAGUAGUCGUUACAGACAUGAAAGGCGUCACACUGGUGAGAAGCCUUAUGCAUAUAAGCAUUGUUGACAGACCAAUUUCAGUUUGUGUAAGGGUUACAAAAUAGUUCACACUGGAGUGAAGCAUUAUGCAUGUAAUCAUUGUGGAAAAGCAUUUACCUGCUCCAGCCAUCUGAACAUUCAUGAAAAGACUCACUACAGAAAAACCCAAUUCAUGUAGAAAAACCUCCAACACUUCUACUUGGUGUAACUUGCAUGAAAACAACAACAACAAAAAACAUAUUGGUGAGAAACCCUUUGAGAGACUUCAUAAAACUCUAGUGAUUAUAAAAGACAUGGAAGAGUUCACUCAAAAGACAGGCCUUAUGCAUGUGAAAAUUGUGAGAAAGCCUUCAGCUGUUCUAGUGCUCUUAACAGACAUGAAAUGCUUCACACUAGUUGGUAGCAUAAUUGUGGUAAACAUUUUGGAUAACCUUUAGUAUUUCCACUUAGCACAAGAGUAAUAAGCAUUCACAUUGGAGAAAAACCCUCUGUAAACAUUUGGUAAACUCUUUGUUCUUGUUAUUUUCUCAAACAUAAAAGCUCUCACCCUAGUGAGGAAUUUUAUCAACA